GACUGAGCAUCUUCCAUCACUCCCUCCGACCCUACCAAGCUCAGUGGCAGCUCAUGACCGACAUGACUGGUCAUAACCUUGCUCCUUCGCCUCCGCCCCGUGUCUCCAAACUCGAGGCCCUGCAUUCCAACCCCUGGUUGAUUGCUCGCACAAGCGGGCCGUGGGACCCGCCCUCCGGCCUGGAGGCAUACCCCAGGGCUAAGGAGCCUCGUAGCCUAGGAGAACACAAGCUCUUCGACGUCUGGGAGGAUAACCUUGCCCUCAAGGUGCACAGCAUCCUCGACCAGAAUCAAGUCAACUGGUCAAGUACCGAGAUUGUCCGAAUUGCCGACGUCGGCGAGCCUGACGGAAACCUUAUCCUAUGGAUUGGCGUUUACUCUACUCAGCUACGGCAUACAGGAUGUUGACGUUGAGCUGCGCGAAUCCGACUUCGUCCAAUCCGCCAAUCCCGCGCUCCUUAAGCCCACUGACAUCAUCGACCCCUACGCACAGCAGCCGAACUAACCAAACGCUACCUAGAGAACAACCCGAACAGCCCCUCGAACAUCGUCCUAUACUCAGACAACGCCAGUGCGGUGAAACGCAUCUUCCAGGGGAAACCCGGGAAGGCACAAGAACACUCGUGGGCCUUCAGGAACACGAUAGGUGGGCUGCUUG